AUGGCACCAGGGUUCCGGCCCCAUGGAGGACGGGUGACUAUACGGCCGACAUUCACCCAAAAUUCGUCAGGGUCCCAGAAACCUCUGGAGGGGGCCACAGGGAAAACCACAACAAGCCCUUGGACCACCAACCGACUUGUUGAUCCGGGGAACGGCACCGUCACCCACUCCUUCUUAGUCAUUCCAGAGUGUCUGUACGCACUCCUAGGACAGGACUUACUUCACAAACUUCUAGCAAAUAUUUCUUUCUGUGAGAGCCAGGCUUGCCUCUCAAUUCCUCAUCCCUUGACAUCAGGGCCAUCUCAGCAAAUUCUCAUCACCUGUUCUUUGUCAGACGAGUAUCUCUUGCAGGAAGCUUUAUCCUCAGAGGCAGAUCAACCACAGACAUCAGACCUUUUCCACCAGUUCCAAGAAAAUGUACCGGGAGUAUGGACUGAGACAAAUUCCCCAGGCUUGGCGAGUUGCCAUACCCCAGUCAUGGUCCAGCUAUUGGCAACAGCAACUCCAGUCCAGGUACAACAAUAUCCCAUGAGUCAGGAAGCCAGAUGGGGUAAGUCCCCCUGGAAUACCUCCUUGCUCCCCGUCUUAAAACCAGGCACAAAGGACUAUCGGCCUGUACAGGACUUAAGGGAGGUAAACAAACGAGUGGAAACUGUCCACCCUACAGUUCCAAAUCCGUACACCCUCCUAAAUCUCUGGGGACCAGAACACCACCAUUACACUGUCUUGGAUCUCAAGGAUGCAUUCUUUUGCAUCCCACUGGCCCCUGUUAGCCAGCCCAUAUUUGCUUUUGAAUGGACUGACCCCAAUACUGGGGUCUCGGGGCAACUCACUUGGACAAGACUGCCUCAGGGGUUCAAAAACUCCCCUACUCUGUUUGAUGAGGCACUUAGCAAAGACCUUGCUGCCUUCCGAGCUGAGUCCCCCAAGUGUACCCUACUCCAAUACGUGGAUGACUUACUCCUGGCUACAAAAACCCAGGAGGCCUGUAAAGAGACCACCCAGUCAUUACUAAAGACCCUACAGACUUUGGAUUACCGGGUCUCAGCUAAAAUGGCCCAACUCUGCCAAAGGAAAGUUACCUACCAGGGCUAUAUCAUAGAGAAGGGCAACUGGGCACUAGCACCCAGCCGAGUCCUAGGGGUGCUGCAAAUACCCACCCCCCCCAAGAAACACCAAGAGAAUUCCUUGGGGCAGUAGGGUACUGCAGGCUACGGAUUUUGGGAUUCACCAAGAAAGCGAAGCCCCUGUAUGCCUGCACUGGAGGAAAUCAGCCCUCUACAUGGACAGAGAUAGAACAACGGACUUUUGACAAGCUCAAGACUGCCCUGACUACAGCCCCAGCCUUGGCCUUGCCAGACAUCUCUAAACCCUUCUUGUUGUUUGUGCAUGAAAAACAGGGAGUUGCUAAGGGGGUGCUCACCCAGACAUUGGGACCAUGGUCCCGGCCUACCUUUCAAAAAGGCUUGAUCCCAUAGCCUCUGAGUGGCCAGCUUGUCUGAGGUCAGUGGCAGCUACAGCCCUGUUAAUCAAGGAGGUGGAUGAACUAACCUUGGGGCAGGAGUUAAAUUUAGUGGCACCCCACGCGGUGGAGUCACUACUCCGUGGAGCUCCAGGAAAAUGGAUGUCAAAUGCCUGCAUAGUUCAAUAUCAGGCUUUACUUUUGGACCAGCCCC